UGUUCACAUGCAAAGUCCUCUCCUUUAUAUAAAAUGAUCCACCUUUUUAUUUUAAGAUGUUUUGAUUUGUUAUCUGCUGCUAGAAAAAUCUCUCCCUUCCAAUGUUCAUCUGAGUUUCAUAGAUUAUAGAGUCAUCAAGGUCUCUUCAUCAUCUAGAAGGGAACUUUUUUUCUCAAAGAGCAAGGGACAGCCACACAGAAGCUAUCUUGAAUCAGAAAGCAUGAUGCUAAGAAGCUCUUCAACACCAGUUCUUGGCUCCCUCCUCUCUUCCUUUACAGAUAGUCCAAAUAACAAUAUUCACUCAGAAACUUGUCAUGGGCUUAAACAUUUUCCACCUACCAGUGUCCCUCAACAUUAUCACAAACUGUCUUUGCAUCAAACUGGGUCCUUUUCUUUCUCUACCUUCUCAUGUGGUUCUUCUCCAAUCUCUCCCUCAAUUGGUGAGCUUGAAAGGCAAAACAAAGGGUUUAGAAGAGUCCAAUCUGAUGGGAACUUGCAAGACUUGGUCUACUCUUCUUGCAAUAAUGAAGACAGGUUGGAGUAUUCAGACCCUCCCAAGAGGUUUUCAGGGAGACAUAGGAGCUUGGUGCUGGAGACCAUUCCUUCUUUCUCAACUAAGCGCAAUGGUUUGCGUGAAGAAGAGGAAGAUGAAGAGACGGAGAGUGAGAGUGAAGAUGGUUUCAGUGUGGUGAAGGGUGUGAUAUUGAGUGAAGAGGUGGGAGUGAAGGAUGGGGUUUGCAGGGUGAGUUUUGGUGACAAGGAAGAGGCUGGUGGUGAUAAAGAAAUGUAUCUUGCAAAGGGGCUUGGGGUAGAGUGUUGUGGUGAUGGCAUAGGAGGGUGCAGAGGUGGUGGUGGAAGUGGUGAUCAUAAUCCUAUGGGUUCUGGAGGAAAUGAUGGAGAUAGGCAUGGGGUGGAAGAAUAUUACAAGAAAAUGGUGAAGGAAAAUCCUGGGAAUCCCUUGUUUCUCAGGAAUUAUGCAAAUUUUCUGUAUCAGUGCAAACAAGACCGUGAAGGAGCAGAGGAGUAUUAUUCCCGUGCCAUACUAGCAGACCCAAAUGAUGGAGAUGUUCUAUCACAAUAUGGGAAGCUAGUUUGGGAGCUACACCAUGACCAAGAACGUGCCUCCACCUAUUUUGAAAGAGCAGUGCAAGUCUCUCCUGAAGACAGCCAUGUACAUGCUGCGUAUGCUAGUUUCCUUUGGGACACAGAGGAAGAUGAGGAUGGAAGCAAUGAACCACAAUGUUUUCCGCCUCAUUCUCAUCAAGGAGCUAUGGCUACUGCAGGUGCUUGAAUUGGUGAAGUUCGUAGGCACAAGCGAGUGUGGUGUGAUGUAUUGAAAUUCUUGUGUGGGAGCCAAUGUUAUAGAGAGGAUCUGUUGAGAAGGCAGCACAUUCUGUUAGUGUUAACUGAAAUCACAAACUCAUCUGUAUCUUGCGUUUCUGUAGGCUGUAGCACUAAGGUGCUACGAGUUUGUGCGCAAAUGAUAUAAUAAAUCACCGUGUACUCAUUGAUAGCAUGAUUUAUUUGGAACUUAUGUGUUGAUUUGCUGCA